UCUCAUAGUAAACAAUCGUUUCGCAGAUAAUGUGUGGCUCAAUUCAUUGUUUGACCGUCUUAUACUACGUCAUAAGAAAAUACACAAUUGAGUUUGCAAAAUAAAAAUAUAAUUCGUUUUCGGAAUGUAUUCAAAGUUAUUUGUGGUUGUCCAAUAAUAAAAAAGUAGUUGUGUGCAGAGGGACGACAAUCGCGUCGCGGUGGUCGUAUUAAUCAGCGUAUGCCGCAGUCUGAGUGGCGUACGGGCGGGGACGGUCGCGUCAAACAAGCGCUCCGAGCUUACGCGCGUGACUUACGUGAUGUUAAUAUAACCGCGCUCAUUAUACUAUAGUGUUCGUGUUAUAGUAUUGUCCGAGUGACGCCUCGUUUAAGCAUGCUGAUGGUACAAUCAAACGCCCAUCCUAUGAAGACCACCAAAAUAAAAGGACCCCCACCUGUACCACCGAGGCCUAGCCAGAGCAUGGUGGCUGAAGCUCUGGCGAAAACGAGAAAAGCUGUUGCGGAUUCAAAGGCGACGCUGUCUAAAAGUAAAACGUUUACUAAAAAUGAAAUCAAUCAUGUUUCAUCGAAGGCCAAAACUUUGGAUAGGAAUUCGACACCGACUAAACCUUCCGUGUCGCCUCGACAAAACGGGCUCGCGCGCGUCAAAUCAUUUAUAAAAGACGUUAUCAGUGAUCGUAGCUCUUCAUCUGAUGAGAGGAAAUCAAGUGGUCAAAACUCUAGGAGAAGCUCAAGUGACAGUAGCUCGAUUCAAUCUCCAACAUCUAAUAAAUCAAGUGAAUCGCUGAAUUCCAAAGCAGUCAAAACAUGUAAACAAAUUUUAGUGCGAUCUUUAUCUACCUCUAAUAAAUUAGAUCAAGAUUCAAAGUGCAAAGUUUCCAAAUCUUCUAGUUUCGCCGAAAAAACUCUGCCCUUGCGCAAAGCUCCACCGCCUCCUAUGUCACCAAAACCUAAGUUAAAACCAAUGAAACCCUUACCACUUGUACAAAAAAAUGUUAAACAGAGCAGAUACUUAAAGCAACCGGAAAUUGGUAUAUAUACAUUGCCAGUAGAUGCGAAGCCUCCGCAAAGUCCGAGUACAGAAGGAUGUUAUGCCACAGUAGCAGAGAUACCAAGUGUGGAAGACAGAUUACAGAACACAACACUGAAACCACUCAAUGGCCUAACAGAUAUUAAAGAUAAUUCGGAACAAAACACACAGGAUGAGGCUUUAAAUAAAAACAACAAUUCCCUCGAAAGAAAAACAUCAAGAGUAACCGAAAUGCUUAUUUCAGAAAUUCUCGCGAGUAGAAACAAUAACAAAGACGAAGCGAAUGCCGUUAUAGAUAAAGGGAAGGAUUCUACGAACCUAACUAAUGGCAACGACUCGUCCGAAAACGAAAUGAUGAAGGACAUGAAUAACCAUGAAAUGUUAAUAUAUGAACUGCAAACAAUGAGGUCGCAAUCAAACGUUCCCGAAUGUUUAGACAUCAAGGAUAAUUAUGACAUGCAGUGUGAUUCAGAUUCGGAACACAACUAUGCAAUCUCGGUUACGAGCGGCAAUACUGAAGAUGAUCAAGCGUAUGCGUACAUACAAGACGAUGAUCUCAAAUCUAGACUACGCAAGCAGUUUCGAGCAAUCAGUACGAUGUCGCUGCAAGGUCUGCCUCCGUUGCCAAAGAGCCUCAGUGGCUUCGCUGACGGCGAGCCUGAUCUCAGAGAUCCGCCUGCACCAGCACCUGCUGAUGACAAUCAUCCGACGGAUCUAGACUCGCAGUUAGUCUAUUUGAAAAAGGAAAUGGCCAGCCUUCGUCAGUUAGAUCUCUCGCUCCUGUCGGAGCUGUGGUCCCUCAGCGAAGCGAUGGCAUCUUGGCGACGACAGCUCGAGCGCGGUCCGCGGCUCCGCCCGGCUCCUCCGCCCCCGCCGCCGCCGCACUAUCUCAGAACAUAAAUAUAUCUAUUAACAACUUAAGAAACAUUUAAUUUAAACCCUCCCUACCAAUAGACUUUAAUAUUAAAAAGUAAUAAACACCCGAAAUGGUAAUUUAACGUGAACUUUUAACUACUAUAUUUAAAGAGUGUUUUAUAUUGAUGAGUAAAUUUAAAUGUACUGACACAUAAUUUAUACAAUUGAUUACUCGAGAGAAAAUCGCACAUAAAAUACAUUCGAUUCAUUUUUAAUCCCAGUAUAAUACAGCAAAAACAUUAAUAUACUUAAAACGAAAUGGCGAUUAUUUCUUUAAUACAUUUAUGCUAUUCCAACGAUGCUCUUUACAUUAAAAGUUGCAUAUUUUCGAGACGAGUUAAUCUAAAGUCCUGAUUGGUUUUUAAUAUUUAAAAGCAGACAAUAUAUUAUUAUAUAUAUACCCAUAAUAAUGAUAACAUAAAAACAUGAUAUUAAAAAUCGAUUUAUUUUACUGAGCUAUAUUGUAUUAACUUAUAAGCAUUUUAUUCUUAUUAUUAUCUGUCCAAAACGUAACUUACAAUCUUUAUCGAUACAACGCAAUGCAAUAUGUAAUAAAAAAUCAGAUUUCCCUUAUUUUAACUAAAUUCGUAAUAGUUAUUUAAUACCAUUUAAUUAAAUAUUUAUGAAUAUUGUAUUGUUAUAUAAAGAAAAAACAUAUUGCAAUUAUAUUAUUUAUUUUUAACUCUUAUGUAUCAGUAUUAGUUGAUUUUAUAAGAAUGGACUUUAUAAGGUUAACAAUGUAGACAAAAAUAAGUUUAUCGGUAAUAGGUACCUGAUAUUUAUACAUUUUAAGAAACAAAAGUGAAUAAAAUAGUGCUGAAACUUCAUAAUAUUUAAUCGACUUUAUAUAAAUAUAGACGUGUGUUGUGUAUAAAAUGUGUGGA